UUCAUUCCCCGAGUCUGCAGCGCGCGUAGUGGACAAUCGCGGUACUGCAGGGGAUCGGCAGCUCCCGGAACGCGGAAGCAUUCUGAAUCAGGAAGUGCUGGAGUUAACAUGGCUUCGAAAGGACCGGUCGAGAGUUGGACCGAGGAGGUAAUUUGUCCCAUCUGCCUGGAUUUCUUCACCGAUCCGGUGUCACUGGAGUGCGGACACAACUUCUGUCGCUCUUGUAUCACACAGUGUUGGGAAAGGGAGGAGAGAAACUCCUGCCCGGAAUGUAGAGAGGAGUUUGCUGACCGCACCCUCAGGGUGAAUCGGGCCUUAGCAAAUCUGGCUGAAAAAGCUCGAAAUCUAAACCUGAAUCCGAAAGGGAAGGAAAGUAAACUUCACUGCGAGGAACAUGAGGAAGAACUGAAGCUGUUUUGUGAAACGGACAAGACACUGAUCUGUGUGAUCUGUGCAGUGGCGGAGGAACACCGAGAGCACCGCUUCAGGCCGAUUAAAGAAGCUGUUAACAUCUACAAGGAUCAGCUAAAAUCUUCCUUAGACUCUCUCACAAAAAAGAAAUCAGACUUCCAGGAAAAGGAGCAGCAACAGAAAGAGAAGAUUUCCGGAGUUAGGGAACAGUCACACAGCCUUCAGUCCCACAUCACAUCCCAGUUUGCUGAACUGCGUCGGAUUAUCACUGAGAAAGAGCAGAGCUUACUCAGGGAUCUCAGGGAAGAAGAGGAGAGGAUUCUCAACCCAAUGGAGAAAAAUCUUCUGGCUCUUCAAGAGAAUAUAAGGAUUAUUCAGGAGGAAAUCUCAAAGUUAAAGGAACAGAUGGAUCAAAAAGACGGUGUGAUAUUUCUCAAGGAGGAAGCUCAUCGGAACAGGAGGAUUAAUGAUGACGUCCAGGAAUUGUCAGUGACAGAUGAGGCCCAACCGUUUGAAAAAUUCGAUCACCCCUAUUUGUUGAACACUGUGCUGAGGGAAACAGUUGAUGCCAUUAAUCAAGUCUCUGUCACCCUGGAUGUGGAAACGGCGUAUCUGCUGCUCGAGGUGUCUGAGGAUCGGAAGAGUGUGAGACGGACCGGGACCUGGAGGAAUCUCCCUGACACCGGGAAGAGAUUCACAUUCUGGGCUUGUGUGCUGGGAUCGGAGGGAUUCACAUCGGGGAGACAUUACUGGGAGGUGGAGGUGACGGGGAAUCGGGUCUGGUUUCUGGGAGUCGCCGCAGAGUCUGUGGAGAGGAAGGGACCGGUCAGUCUGAGUCCGGAGACCGGAUUCUGGGUCAUCAGGCGGGUUGAUGACGUGUUACAUCGGGAUUGUGACGUGUCCGGUCGCCCCUCCCCCGAGUCCCGUCUCGCUGCCGGUCCCAUCCCCGGGAGGGUGGGAGUUUAUCUCCGUUACGAUUCCGGGACAGUUUCAUUUUACAACGCGGAGACCAAGUCCCAUCUCCACACCUUCACUGGGAAUAAAUUCACGGGGAAACUUUAUCCUUUCUUUGCGACCUGGGAUGAAAACCAAUGGCUGAGAAUCUGCUCCGGUUCCGCUCCGGACCUGUAAACGGGUCGGGUCCCGGGACCGGCGUCAGGAGUAAAGUCCCUGUAAAUAUAAAUGUGCGGAGAGUGCAGCUAAAUACGUGGCUAAGGGGAUGGUGCAGGACGGAGGGCUUCAUGUUUCUGGUCAAUUGGGCUUUGUUCCCGGGAAGGUGGGGCCUGUUCUAUGAGAUAGUGAGGGGCAGAACUGGCAGCUUAAUGUUCUGGUAAAAUUGGAGAACGGCCAAUUUUGUGGAAAUGAAAAAGGAUCUAGGAAGAGUGGAUUGGGAUAAGUUUUUUUUCUGGCAAGGAUGUGUUCAGUAAGUUCACAGGCAUAAGAAAUUAAAUAGAGAUUGGGUUGGAAAUGUUAUAGCAACUUCAUUUAAUUCAAAAUCGAGAGGAGUUGCAAUUUCGGUUAAUAAAUCUUUACCAAUUAAAAUACAAAAUGUAAUAAUUGAUUCUGUGGGGAGAUACGAGAUUAUACAUUGUCAAAUUUUUUCAGAAUUAUGGAAUUUUAUGAACAUUUAUGCACCAAAUGAAAAUGAUGCAAAAUUCAUACAAGAAGAUUUUUUGAACUUGGCUGACGCAAAUGAUAAAAUAUUAAUAGGCAGAGAUUUUAAUUUUUGUUUAGAUCCAGUUUUGGAAAGGUCAACUACAGUUGUUACAAAAUUAAAAGAAAUAAAACUAACUUUAUCAUUAAUGAAAGAUUUAAACCUGAUUGAUAUAUGGAGGAAAAUUAAUCCAAGAGAAAGAGAUUAUUCAUUUUAUUCAAAUAGACAUAAAGCUUAGAUGGAGAUUUAAUACAAUUUUAUUAAAACGUCAAGAUUUUUGUGAUUUUAUGAAAAAACAGAUUCAAUUUUUUUUGGAUACAAAUUUACAUUCAGUUGAGGGUAAAAUUGUAUUAUAGGAAGCGAUGAAAGCAUAUUUAAGGGGUCAGAUUAUAAGUUAUACAUCUAAAAUUAAGAAGGAAAAUUGGGAAAAGAUAUAAAGUUAGAAAAAGAAUCUCAAAGAUAUAUGACAGAACAAAAACAAAGACAACUUGUUAAUAAAAAACUACAAUAUAAUAUCGUACAUAUCGUACAGAAAAAGUAAUUAUGAGAACUAAACAGAAAUAUUACGAAUUAGGUGAAAGAUCACAUAAAAUUCUUGCUUGGCAGUUGAAAACAGAACAGGCUUUUAAAACAAUAAAUGCAAUUAGAACAAGUGUAAAUAAGGUUGCUGAUAAACCUUUGGAAAUUCAUGAAACUUUAUUUUUUUUUUAUAUACUGAACUAUAUCAAUCAGAAUCACAAAAUAAGAUUACUGAGAUGGAUAAAUUUUUAUCACAAAUAACCCUUCCGAAAUUUAAUUUGGAAGAACAGAAAGGAUUAGAUAUGCCCUUUACAUUAAAAGAGGUUGAAGAAGCUGUAGGAUCACUUGAGAGUAACAAAUCCCCAGAAGAAGAUGGUUUUCCUCCUGAAUUUUAUAAAAAAAAUUAAAGAUAUAUUAAUUCCUCCCUCUAUGGAAUUAAUAUACCAAGUGGAAAGAAUGCAUAAACUCCCACAAUCUUUUUUAACAGCGAUCAUAACUGUAUUGCCAAAAAAAGAGAUCCUCUAAAACCAACAUCAUAUAGGCCUAUUUCUUUGUUGAAUACAGAUUAUAAGAUAAUAGCAAAAAUUUUAUCUAAUAGAAUAUCUAAAUAUUUACCAAAAUUAAUGCAUAUGGAUCAAACAGAUUUUAUUACAAUCAAUGGAUAAUCUAACCUGGUUACUUAGUAUAAUUCAUCUGGCACAAAAAAGAGAGGAAAUGAGUGUGGCAUUUGCUUUGGAUGCAGAAAAAGCAUUUGAUAGAUUGGAAUGGGAUUUUUUUGUUUAAGGUAUUGGAAAAAUAUGAGCGAGGAAAAUCUUUUAUACAAUGGAUUAAAACCUUAAAUACUAAUCCUCAAGCUGAAGUAGUUACAAAUGCUCAGAUUUCAACACCAUUUUGCUUAACGAGGUCAACUGGACAAGGCUGCCCGUUAUCACCUGCUUUAUUUGUAUUGGCAAAAGAACCAUUAGCUGAAUUAAUUAGAACAGAUUCAGAUAUUGGCGGUUUUAGAGUUAAUCAAGAAGAAUAUAAAAUUAAUUUAUUUGCUGAUGAUGUUUUGAUUUAUUUUACAAACCUAUUACAAUCUUUGCAAAGAUUAUCUUUUAAAUUGGAAGAAUACGGGAAAGUAUCAGGGUAUAAAUUAAAUUGGAAUAAAAGUGAAAUUUUACCCCUUACAAAAGGAAAUUAUAAUCAAUGUCGAUUAGUAACUCAAUUUCGAUGGUCAAUAAAUGGGAUAAAAUAUUUAGGUAUCAGAGUUGACAAUGAUGUAAAAAAUUUAUAUAAACAAAAUUAUUUGCCAUGAUUAAAAAAAAAUAAAAGAGGAUCUUGAUAAAUGGAUGAUGUUACCAAUAACAUUAAUAGGUAGAGUUAAUGCUGUAAAAAUGAAUAUAUUCCAUAGAUUGCAAUAUAUAUUCCAAACUUUACCAAUACAAUUACCGCAGAAGUUUUUUCAAGAACUAAAUAAAUAUGUAAGGAAAUUUCUUUGGAAAGGAAAGAUGUCAAGAAUAUCAUUGGAAAAAUUGAGAUGUAAAUUUGAUUUAGGAGGGUUACAACUUCCAAAUUUUAACAAUUAUGAUAAAGCAAUUCAACUUAGAUUUAUUGCAUCUUUUUUUGAUGAAAAAAAAACCCGGCAUGGAUUAGAAUAAAAUUAGAUAAGAUAGGAGAAAACAUACCAGAAGAUUUUACAUAUAAAUGGGAAUCCAAAUUGAUACGGGAAAAAAAAAGAAUCUCCUAUAUUAAGACACUUGAAUGAUUUAUGGAAUAAGGUAAAUAUGGACGAUAAGAUAAAGAAAUCUUUAUUAGCAAAAAUAAACUUUAAUUCAAAAUAGGCUUAUUCCUUUUACAAUGGAUAAUAAACUUUUACAUAAUUGGUUCCAAAAGGGGAUUAAAUAUAUAUGUAAUUGUAUUGAUGUCGUUUGAGCAAUGAAAAAAUAAAUAUAAAAUAUCAAACAACACUCUUUUCUCUUAUUUUCAAUUAAAGGACAAUUACGAGAAAAGCUGGGUCAAACAAUGUUGAUGCCAAAACUUAGUGAAAUAGAAAUAUUAAUUCAAAAAGGAAAAAUUUAAAAAAUUACAUCUUGUAUGUACAAUUUGAUUCAAAAACAGACUGAAUCUGGAAUUCAUAAAUCAAGACAAAAAUGGGAAACUGAUUUGAAUGUUAAAAUUGUUGGAAAAAGUUGGUCAAGAUUAUGUUCUGAUAGUAUGAUAAAUACAAUAAAUGUUCAAAUUAGAUUAAUACAAUAUAAUUUUUACAUCAAUUAUAUAUAACACCACAGAAAAUAAAUAGAUUAAAUUCAAAUAUGUCUGACCAAUGCUUUCGAUGUAAUCAAGAAAUUGGUACUUUUUUACAUUCUACUUGGUCUUGUUUUAAAAUUCAACCAUUUUCGAUAUAUCUGACUUUUAUUGGAACAAAGUACUGGAGUUCAACUCCCAAAUAGUCCAAUAUUAUUUUUAUUAGGAGAUAUUGAAGGGACAAUACCGAAAAUUAAAUUGAAUAUGUAUCAGAAAAAAAUUAUAAAUAUUGAUUGGCAGUAGCUAAAAAAGUUAUCGCAAUUACUUGGAAAUCUGAGUUAUAUUUAACUAUGGAUUAUUGGAAUAAUGAAAUAUAUAGUUGUAUUCCACUUGAAAAAAUUACAUAUAAUCUAAGAAAUGAAUAUGAUAUAUUUUUCAAAAUUUGGCUCCCAUACCUACAAAAGAUAGGAUUAAAUAUAUAGGUCCUUUGAAGAUAAAAAUUAUAAUGUAAUUGGGGAAAGUAAGAAUAAAUAUUAAAAUUAUUUUGAACUCCAUGGAGCAUGUGGGUAUCCUCCAAUAUCGAGGCAAUCUUUUUCUUCUUUAUUUCUUUCUUUAGAUAAGGGUUAAGGUGGGGAUGGGGAGGAGGACUAAUAUUAUUUUUCUUUUUCUUACUAAUUUUUCAUUACAUUUAUUCUUUGUAAUUUUCUAAAAAUUUAAUAAAUAAAUAAAAAGAGCAUCUCAGUAA